GGUAAGUAGGUAAUGGUAGAGUCCACGUCACCUAACCCACCGUUAAAUACCAGCCUUCCAUUUCAUUUAUUUUCUCUCUAACCAAACAAGACCCUCUCUCUCUCUAAAAAAUACUCUCCUUCUAUACAAAGUUAUCAGCUUUUUUCUUUAUCUUUUCCUAUUAUUAUUAUUAUUAUCGUUUUUGUUUUUCUAAAAAAUUAAAUACAUUAAUUAAUAAAACCCUAAGAAAGAACCACCCUAUUCUUUUUAAUUACCUUUCCCCUUUUGCAGAUCUAACCCAACAAAACUCAGGUUUUCAACAACUUUCCUAAUUCAUCAAUCUUUAAGCUUGAGUUUGUGAACGUGAAUUGCGAGAUCCCUUAUUUCGGAAAUCGUAUCACUGCGAAGGGGAGCUGAACACGCUGGGCUGGAAGAAUUCCUAUAGCGAAGGAAUUGGCGUCACUGUGCCGAAGGCAAGAACACGCGAUAAACCAUUCAUUGCUAGGGUCUUUUGCUGUCUCUAAUUUUGGUCAUUCAGCGUUGAGAAUUUGUGUGUGGGUUCCAGUGAUUGAGAGCAAUAACCUGUGAUCAAUGACUCGUAUUCUGGUCCAACGGGGCAGUGGUUCUUCUUCUUCUUCAAACCAAAGUCGAGCAGGGUCCUCUUCAGCUGCUCGGCCAGAGACUCAGGUCACAGUCACCCCUCAGGUCCUUUCAACUUUAAAAGAUGAGGAAAUUGGCAGUGACUCACAAGAGCUUCACGUUGCGGAUGAGCUCUUUGAGUAUUGUGGGAGUGCUGACGCAAAGGCAGUAAAAAAUGAUGAACUAGUGGUAGAAGGCAUUAGCGUCGAUAGAAAUGAGAUUUUUAGUGGUGAAAUUGUUGUUAAUGAGAAAUUGGUUGAUGCCGAGGGUGCCAAAUCAGGGGACUUGGUAAAAGGAUUUGGUGAGUUGACAAUAAUGGAGAGCUCCACAGCUGAUAGUGAAGGUUCAAGCAGUGCUUCUCCAAAUGCUGCUAGUGAGAGUCCACAACCACCACCACCUCCUGUGCCACCUCCAAAGCCUAUAGCAACAAAUUCUAACUCAAGGAAGUCUGCGUCGGGGAGCUCAAAUUCUGUUCGGAGUGGAUCAUCUAGAAGAGCAGUUGCUUGGCCUGUUGUUUCUACAAGAACUUCUCCUACUGGAUCACGGCCUUCCUCUCCUAUGUCUCAUGGCGAUUGUGAGGGGUAUAAUAGUGCUGAUGAGCAGAACCCUUGCUUUGUUUCCUCAUAUGAUGAUUUGGAAAGAGAACGCCAAUUUGAGAUUGACUUGAGGCGGGCUAAAGGAUUAGAAGUCAAAAGAAUGUUAGAGGAUGGGAAUUGUCUAUUCCGUGCUGUGGCUGAUCAAGUGUAUGGAGAUUCUGAAGCAUAUGAGUUGACUAGACAAAUGUGCUUGGACUAUAUGGAACGAGAGAGGGACCACUUUUCUCAAUUUAUUACAGAAGGUUUUACAUCUUAUUGUAAGAGGAAGAGAAGGGAUAAGGUUUAUGGGAACAAUGCGGAGAUCCAAGCUUUAUCAGAGAUGUAUAACCGACCUAUCCACAUUUAUUCCUACAGCACAGAACCUAUCAACACAUUCCAUGGAAAUUACCAUACCGAUUCACCACCCAUUAGGCUAAGCUAUCAUCAUGGUAAUCAUUACAACUCUCUUGUUGAUCCACGUCGACUAACAAUCGGUGCGGGGCUUGGUUUCAGCUGUCUUCAAGGGACAAAUGUGGACAAGGAUAAGGUUAAAGCUGCAAUUAAAGCACAACAAGACCAGCAGAUUGAUAAUGCACUUUUAGCUGAGGGACGGUUUUACUCAGAUCUUGAGCUUACUGAGAAAGAGAUUGAACGCAUGGUGAUGGAAGCUUCUCGAGCAGAGUAUCUGGCCGAUGACAAGUUUAAGCAGCAACUUAGUCGCAAAGAAUCUUCUACCUCUGCUGCUGAACCAUCGUCUUCAGGAGCAAGAUCAUCAGGCAGUGAGACAAAGAAGGAAGGGGCAGGGGCAAGGGAAAGCAAUUUGCAGGACACAGUCCUGAGCAGUAGUAUGCAGAUGGUUUUGUCAAUGGGAUUCAGCUAUCUGCAAGUGAUCGAGGCAUACAGCAUAUUUGGCGAUGAUGUGGAUUCGAUGGUUUGCUAUCUGUUGGAAACAGACAGUAGCAGACGGAAAGGAAAAGCAGCAGAAUAAGCAGCUCAGAGCAUCUGUAACUUGAAUGAAAAAUGAGAGAAUUGUUGAAAUUUAAAUGCAGCUCUUGCUGGAAGGAUAUAACUUGUAAUUGACGUUCAAUCAAUGAGAAUGGGCAACUAGUAGUUCCUAUUAAAUUAAAAUUUGAAGUUCUGUUU